AUGAAGCAGCAACUCAGAAGGAGCUUGGAAACAAAGCCGUUUGAAAUCACAGCGCCGCUUGGCCAACAUGAGGGAAAUCUCAGACCCGCUCUGUUCCCAUGUCACACUACUCAUUCUCAAUUCUUUCCUAAGAGACGUUCUUUACCGUCUUCCUAUCUGCUCCCAGGGGUAGUUGUCGGUCUAAAAGAUAACCACUGGUAUCAUGGCUCUUUUCUGUCCAUUGGAACUCUAUUGCAACCUUCAGGCUUGAGAGGGAGCGGAUGCUCUUUCGUGCAAAGCUCUGAUUAUCUCGAACGGAGCACUGCACAAACAGACCGCAAGACGAGGUUGUCUCAAUAUCUCCAAUCCCAGGGGGUGUUAGAUGAUGCAUGGCACCAUGCCUACCUUGUCACAGCACCAAGGUUCUUGGGCUACUCUUUCAAUCCAGUCUCUUUUUGGUACAUUUAUACUGCAGAUUGCGAACUCAAAAUGAUGAUCUUGGAGAUCAACAAUACUUUUGGCGAGGGAGGGAUCCAUCUAUUGAAACCAGACAUGGAUGAGCAAGGCGGGUUUGAAGACGGAAAGCCAACUAUUCUGUUCACAGAUGACUGGCAGAAAGACCUUCACAUCUCACCCUUCAGUUCUCAUGAAGAUUCAUAUUCUCUGAUGGUUGUUGAUCCUUUCCGAUCUGAGGCGUUCUCGCAGGUCGAUAACAUCAUCAUACUCAAGUCUCUCCAAGGGCACACCAAACUGGUGACAAGAGUUUUUUCCGAAUUUACGCUCAAUGAGCCUUCCGCGGCAACGGCCCUGGAUGGUCUGAAUUUCAUAAUGAGGUGGUGGUCGGUUGGGAUUGUCACCUUUUUACGGAUCUUGAAAGAAGCGUGUGAAUUAUUUAUAAAGCGGAAGUUGAAGGAUUUCCUCCGACUAGAAGUAGCGCCCGAUGGCGUCCCUAGAGACGCCACAGCAACUGAACAGCUUCUCGAAACAUUCUUCCGUCGCUAUCUCCAACAUGUGGUGCACCAUGCGCGUAAGCCUGUCAAAGUCAUCUAUAGGCCACCGCCAAGUGUUGGACAAGCUCAAGAGUUUGAGUAUUGGGAUGCAGCCAAAGGGAAUGCUACCGAUAUCCUUGAGAUCACUGUUCUCAACCCAGUGUUCUACAGUCGGUUCAUACGUUAUACACACACGUCAGAAGCCUUGGAUCGCGAAGGCAUCUUUACCGAUGAGAGAAAAAAGACUGUCCGCAUCUCGAACCCACAGUUCUUCAGCGGCCUUCCUCUGGGCCACUGGCAUGAAGAGACAGAGAAUAGCCGAGCUAUGAGCUUCACGAAUCGUUUGGGGUGGGAAGUGCUAAGGAGACUUCGCUGUCCACCAGCUGAUUCUGCGGCACGUAUUGAUCAAUGCGAAGACAUUCGGGCAAAGCCUCUUGCACCGCUCGACGAGCAUGUCCAGCAAAGAUGCGGCGAUUCGAAGAGCUACAGGCAGUGCCUGAUCAAGAGUUUUCUUGCUCAACGGUUUACGGGCGGGUUCACGGAGCUAGUCGAAUUGCUAGAGCUCGCCUUUCGUGUCUGUCUCGUCGCCGGAGGCUUUGCCACGACGAAUUCUACUAGCCUGCUGACGAAGACGGUGGCGGCCAGCUCGAUCCAUGCCUGGAGCCUUGUCAAGAGCCUCUUUUAG